ACGUGAAAUCCUAGCGCAUUUAAUACGCGACUCGUUGAUUUACUGAUUAUUUCUUCCUAUUAACUUGCAGAUCGUAUAUUAAGUUAUCGUUUGAUUUUUCAAAACUUUCUAAUAGAAAAAUAAUUAAAAAAAAGUUCCUUAUAUACUAUUGUGUUUACGCAUACGGUUUACAUAUGUGGGCUAGAAUGACGUCAUUGGCAAAAGAAAGAUAAGGAGAGAGAUAAAGAGAGAGGAAGUAAGGAUGAAUAGUGGUAGGGGAAAUAGUUGUACACGUGUGCGCAAGUAUAUGUGUUCCCUGGUUCUGGUGGCCGUGGCAUCGUAUAGUUCGUAGAGUAGCAGAGGAGUGUGUCAGUUGCUUGCCAAGUCUGCAUUACUCAUCUCGUCUAUGUCUAUGCUUACGAGUGGUAAGAUAACGCGAGUGAUUUUACCGAACUAAGGGUAGUGGAUUUCGAUUAAACGAAAUUAAUACGUACCACAUGCACAACUGAUUAAGAUGCUCAUCAAAGAAUUUCGUGUCACUUUACCUCUGACCGUGGAAGAAUACCAAGUUGCUCAAUUAUAUUCCGUGGCAGAAGCGAGUAAAAAUAAUACAGGUGGAGGAGAAGGUAUAGAGGUUCUAAAAAAUGAACCUUUUACGGAUUAUCCUCUGCUCGGUGGAAAGUAUUCUGCGGGUCAAUAUACAUAUAAGAUUUAUCAUUUAGCCAGUAAAGUGCCUGGUUUUAUUCGUAUUUUACUUCCAAAGAAUUCUUUGGAAAUUCAUGAAGAAGCUUGGAAUGCAUAUCCAUAUUGCAAAACUGUUAUAACUAAUCCUGGUUACAUGAAAGAUAAUUUUAUAAUUAUGAUAGAAUCCUUUCAUAUUGGAGAUUGUGGAAAUCAGCAUAAUGUUCAUGAAUUGCCCCCUGAUAAGCUUAAGAUGAGAGAAGUAGUACAUAUAGAUAUAGCAAAUGAUCCUAUCGCUAGUGCUGAUUAUAAAGAAGACGAAGAUCCAACAAAGUUUAAAUCGCAAAAAACAGGACGGGGUCCUCUUGUGGGCAAAGAUUGGAUGAACAAUGUUCAACCUGUGAUGACAUGUUAUAAGCUAGUUACUUGUGAAUUUAAGUGGUUUGGUUUCCAAACGCGUGUUGAAAGUUUUAUUCAAAAAGCAGAGAGACGUCUAUUCACAAAUUUUCAUAGACAAGUCUUCUGCUGGAUAGACCGUUGGUAUGGAUUAACAAUGGAGGAUAUCAGAGCUAUCGAAGACAAUACUAAAGAAGAAUUGGACAGGCAAAGACAUCAAGGAGAAGUACGUGGAAUGCGAGCCGAUGAUUGAGGCUUCAAAAGCCUCUCUCAUAAAUGGUUUAAAUCAAUUUCCUUAUACUUGUCAUACAUAGAUACAUGCGCAUACCUAUGGAUGUAUACCCAGACAAACCCUGCCAUAGGCGAUCCUGCAGGAUCGGGACAUUUUCCAGAACUUAUGUGUCUAGAUUCAGUGUCUAUUACAAUUACUUACAAUUUUAAUUUAUUUACAUUUACAAACCAUUUUAGAUAAAUGUACCUACAGUCAAAGAUUGUCAUUAGAAUAUAAUUGUUAACAUGGAGAACUGAUAUAAAUCGGUCCUAUUUAAGUAAUGCAUAAAUUACAAGAAAAAGAGAAUUUGGUUUGUUUGAAACCAAUAUAGAUAAAAAACAGUAAUAAUUAAUAACUUAGUAGUUCGAUAAUAAUAUAUAAUUAAAUUUAUCGACAAGCAACUGACAUUGCUUGGUACAAGGUACGUGCAAGGGUAAAUGUGACUUGAUGUGAAUUUAAUUUAUAGGCAGAUGUUUAAAAGGGGGAAGAGGGAAAAAAAAGAAGACCAUGAUUUAAAUCUUAUUAUAGUGAAUCUGGUUACAUAUUUAUAUAAUAAUUGAAUUGCGUAGAUAAGAUACCUUUGCUCUUGUAUCUUCAAGCUUACUGGCAUAUUGUGAUGAUGUUCUCCAGCAUUCCUCAAGGCCUGCACAAUGUAUUAUAAUCAGGAAAUUAAAGAAAUCUAUUUUGUUAGAAUCACAAUACGAAUUUCACUAAAAAUAUAUCUCUCAGAAUGUAUACCAAUGUUAUAAUAGAUGGUAGGUUACAAAAAGUGAGGCUCGUGUAUUAUGUGCUUUCCAUUGAAAAGCAAAGUUGUCCCACAUUCUUUAUUUAGGACCAAAUUGAUAGAUUUCUGAAAUAAAUUCGAAUGCAAUAAAAGGGCAUAAAUAAUUCAUUGUAUGGAAUUGUGGGAUGUAUAUAUUUUAUGCAAAACAAUAAAAAAAAAAUUAAAAAUACCAAUAUGACACGCAUCGAGAGAAAAUUACUCUUUGCUUCAAUAUAAAUGAUAAAGAAAGAAAUGGAAAAAAAUCGUCUAUUGUACAUAAGGAAGACAAAUAAUGAUGAAAUUCAAAUUAAAAUAACACAUAAUGUUUCUUUUGCAUUCCAAUGGAUCUCUAUAAAAUAAUAGAAAUUUUUUCAAAACAGGUUCUGUAUGCGCACUCUUGAUAUAUAGUAUGUGCAUAGUGAAAGUAUUGAUGAAAACUGCAGCAAUUAAAAAUAAAAAAAAUAGUAUGAGGUGUCGUUUGCACAAAACUAAAUAUACAAUUUCAAACUUAGGCUAAUGUGUAAGAUAGACUUUGAAACUUGAAUUCAUUUACAAUAAUAGUUUAAAGAAAAAUCAAUAUAUAUAUAAUAAUACAAAUCGGUAUACAUAUAAUUGUUAUAAAUAUUAUAUGCGCUAAUAGUUAAAUAAACAAAUAAUUAAUUUACUUUUUGCUAGAAUAUUGAUUGCCAAAAAAUGAUGUUUAUGCUGGUUCAAUUAGAACUUUCACUAUCUGUUUCAAACUUGUAGCUUCUUCAUUAAAUUUCGCUAAUGCAGGUUACUUUUAUGGAGUUGGACUACACUGUACGUAAUAUAUAUUACCUGUAUUAUAAUAUUCAUUACUUAAUAUGUAGGUAAACAUAAGCUAGUUCUUAUAACAAGCAGGAUAAAAAUCAUGAAUAGCAAUUCCUGUAAUGUUGACAAGGAUUAAUCAGUGAAAUACCAGUAUAUAUGUGUAAAUGCAUGCUGUGCAUUAGCAUACAUAUAUACAUGUGUAUUAAUGUGUCAAACAUUCAUUUACAUAGAUAAAGGUAAAUAAAAAUAGAGGGCAUAGUAUGCAAGAC